UCCUCCGCACCUUUUCCCUUCCUCUCCCCCGCCCCCCUCCCUGCCUUGCCAUCCCGUCCCGACCCCUAAGGCCCUUUCGUGGGGUCUCCCUAGUCCCUGUCCUUCCCCCACCCCGUCCCCAUCCCACAGGAUCCUGGCUCCCCAGCCGCAAGGGCUGCGCCUCCGCGAGCCGCGAUGUUCGUCCUCUCAGAGCCUGUGGGCCUCCCUGCCUUCACUGCCCUCCGUUUCCUCCACACAGGCCCCCACCUACUUCAAAAUGACGCUGGACGUGGGGCCGGAGGAUGAGCUGCCCGACUGGGCUGCGGCCAAGGAGUUUUACCAGAAGUACGACCCUAAGGACGUCAUUGGCAGAGGAGUGAGCUCUGUAGUCCGCCGUUGCGUUCAUCGAGUUACUGGCCGUGAGUUUGCGGUGAAGAUCAUGGAGGUGACAGCUGAGCGGCUGAGUCCUGAGCAGCUGGAGGAGGUGCGAGAAGCCACGCGGCGAGAGACACACAUCCUUCGCCAGGUCGCCGGCCACCCCCACAUCAUCACUCUCAUCGAUUCCUACGAGUCUUCUAGCUUCAUGUUCCUGGUGUUUGACCUGUCCAUCAUGAGGUCUCUGCUGGAAGCAGUGAGCUUUCUCCACGCCAACAACAUUGUACACCGAGACCUGAAGCCUGAGAAUAUUCUCCUAGAUGACAAUAUGCAGAUCCGACUUUCAGAUUUUGGGUUCUCCUGCCACUUGGAACCUGACGAGAAGCUUCGAGAGUUGUGUGGGACUCCAGGGUAUCUAGCACCAGAGAUCCUUAAGUGCUCCAUGGAUGAAACCUACCCAGGCUACGGCAAGGAGGUCGAUCUCUGGGCCUGUGGGGUGAUCUUGUUCACACUUCUGGCUGGCUCACCACCAUUCUGGCACCGACGCCAGAUCCUGAUGUUACGCAUGAUCAUGGAGGGCCAGUACCAGUUUAGUUCACCUGAGUGGGAUGACCGUUCUGACACUGUGAAAGACCUGAUCUCGAGGCUGCUGCAGGUGGAUCCUGAGGAGCGCCUGACAGCUGAGCAAGCCCUACAGCACCCAUUCUUUGAGCGCUGUGAAGGCAGCCAACCCUGGAACCUCACCCCCCGCCAGCGGUUCCGGGUGGCAGUGUGGACAGUGCUGGCUGCUGGACGGGUGGCCUUAAGCACCCACCGUGUACGGCCGCUGACCAAGAGUGCACUGUUGAGGGACCCUUAUGCGCUGCGGCCAGUGCGGCGCCUCAUUGACAGCUGUGCUUUCCGGCUCUAUGGACACUGGGUGAAGAAGGGUGAGCAGCAGAACCGGGCAGCCCUCUUCCAGCACCGGCCCCCAGGGCCUUUUCCCAUGAUGGGCCCUGAAGAGGAGGGGGACUCAGCUACUGUCACUGAAGACGAGGCCAUGCUGGUGCUGGGCUAGUACUUCAGCCCUGAGGAAUCCCAGGAAGCAGAACUCUCCAGGAGGAGGAUUUUUAUCAUUCCAGCUCCUCUGGGCUCUGGCCUCAGGCCCCCCCCCCCCCAUGCCUGGCCAGGCCCGCCACUGAUCAAACUAUCAUAGAGACCAGCCCUGUACACCUACCCCCACUGGCCAGGGCUUUGAGAUCAGAGCUGAGGUGGAAGAGAGCCACCCAGAGUGCCAUGCCUGGCCUUAUCCAUGCUGCCUGUGCCACGUAUGCAAUAAAACCUGCUACACGCCAGGGA